ACUAAUUAUUUAUAAAUGUGUUGCAGGUGUUGUCAUCUAUACAGGUGCAGAAACAAAGUUGAUGAUGAAUUCUACCUCUGCCCCUUUGAAAAGGUCAUCUGUAGACAAAAUCACUAAUACUCAGAUCCUGUCAAUGUUCUUGUUGCUUGUGAUUUUGUGCCUAAUCAGUUCAAUAGCUAGUGAGAUCUGGACAAGAGCUCAUGUACAGUCAGAUUGGUAUUUAGGUUUAGAUGAUUUAAGCAGCAUAAAUUUUGGAUAUACAUUCUUAACUUUCAUUGUUCUGUACAACAACUUGAUACCCAUCAGUCUUCAGGUAACUCUAGAGGUUGUUCGUUUCAUUCAAGCUAUCUUUAUAAACAUGGACACUGAGAUGUAUUAUGAAGAAACGGACACUCCAGCAAUGGCUAGGACAUCAAAUCUUAAUGAAGAACUGGGCCAGGUGAAAUUUAUUUUUUCUGACAAGACUGGUACUCUUACUAGAAAUAUCAUGGAAUUUAAACGUUGUUCAAUUGCUGGAACUAUAUAUGGGGGGUCAGGAAAACAAUUUGAUGGGUCUCAGCUGUUACAUUAUCUCAAGCAAGAAGAGAUAUUAUCAUCAAUGUUGAUGGAGUUCGUAAGAUUGUUGGCAGUAUGUCAUACAGCAGUACCUGAAUAUGAUCCAGAUAUGGAAACUAUACACUACCAAGCAGCAUCUCCUGAUGAAAGUGCACUAGUUAGAGCAGCCAGUGACUUGGGUUUUGUCUUUACCACAAGGACACCUGAAUAUAUAAUUGUUAAUACAUUGGGAAAGGAGGAGAAAUAUGAAAUUCUGAAUGUGCUAGAAUUUACGAGCUCUCGUAAAAGAAUGUCUGUGAUAGUAAGAACUCCUAGUGGAAAAAUCCGUCUCUACUGUAAAGGAGCUGAUACAGUCAUAUAUGAAAGGCUUGGUGAACAGCAUCAGCAGUAUAAGGACAUUACUCUUCGUCAUCUUGAGGAGUUUGCUACAGAAGGACUAAGAACAUUGUGUUGUGCUGUAGCUGAGAUAUCCGAAGAUUUCUAUGAGGAAUGGAAGAAUACAUAUUACAGAGCCACCACUGCCUUACAGUAUAGGGAAAGAAAAGUGGAAGAUGCUGCCCAGCUGAUUGAGACAAACUUGCAACUCUUAGGAGCAACAGCUAUAGAAGAUAAAUUGCAGGAGGGAGUUCCUAAAACUAUAACUGACCUUCUUAAAGCUGACAUAAAAGUGUGGGUCCUAACUGGCGAUAAGCAAGAAACGGCAAUUAACAUAGGUUACUCAACCAAGCUUCUUACUCAGAGCAUGCCCUUACUUAUUAUAAAUGAAGACAGUUUGGAUCAAACUAGGGAAUCAGUGAGACGCCAUGUGUUAGAUUUUGGAGAUCAACUUAGGAAAGAAAAUGAUGUUGGUCUUAUUAUUGAUGGAAAGACCUUGAAAUAUGCCCUUUCAUCUGAUGUCAGGAAUGAUUUUGUUGACAUAGCUUUGUCAUGCAAGUCUGUAAUUUGCUGCAGGGUGUCCCCAAUACAGAAAGCAGAAGUUGUCAAUGUUGUGAAGGUGGCUACUCAUUCUGUGACACUUGCUAUUGGAGAUGGGGCAAAUGAUGUAGCAAUGAUUCAGGCUGCAAACAUUGGUGUGGGUAUAAGUGGUGUUGAAGGACUUCAAGCAGCAUGCUCCUCAGACUUUGCCUUAGCACAGUUCAGUUUUCUUGGUCGUCUUUUGUUUGUCCAUGGAGCCUGGAGCUAUGCCAGAAUGUGCAAGCUGAUUCUGUACUCAUUUCACAAGAACAUCUGCCUAUAUGUUAUUGAGCUAUGGUUUGCUAUCUACUGUGGCUGGUCUGGUCAAACAUUGUUUGAGCGAUGGACCAUCGGUCUAUACAAUGUGAUAUUUACAGCAGCUCCUCCUCUAGCAAUGGGAUUGUUUGACAGAACAUGUAGUGCUGAAACUAUGAUGACUUUUCCAUCUUUGUAUAAACCAUCACAAAGUGCGAAGCUCUUUAAUGUAAAGGUAUUUUGGGUGUGGAUUUUUGAUGCAGUGCUACACUCAGUUCUGUUGUUUUUCUUAACAUUGCUGUGUAUACAUCAAGAUAUUGAAUGGGGAAGUGGAUUGAGUGGAGACUAUUUAGUUUUUGGGAACAUGGUGUAUACUUAUGUUGUUGUCACAGUAUGUCUUAAAGCAGGACUUGAAAUGAAUGCUUGGACAUGGCUCACACACUUGGCUAUUUGGGGCAGUAUUGGAAGCUGGUUUAUCUUUCUUCUCUUCUACUGUAAUAUCUGGCCAACUUUUCCCAUUGCACCAGACAUGAGAGGAAUAGAUCGUAUGGUGUUUAGUUCAAGUGUAUUUUGGUUUGGACUUCUCAUAAUUCCCUUCAUUUCUUUGUUGGGAGAUUUCACUUAUAAAGUCAUUAAGAGAACUUUGUUUAAGACCCUGGCAGAAGCAGUACGUGAGAGUGAAAUAGCCAACACUGAUCCAGCUACGGUCAUUGUUCGAGCUACAAAGCACAGGCUGACAGAAACAGCUCGCUUAUUAAAAAAUGUGUUCAAACGAACUACUACACAUGUUCCACUGGAAGUUGAACUUCAACAUGGAUUUGCCUUCUCCCAAGAAGAACAUGGUGUUGUACCUCAGUCUGAAGUGAUCCGUGCAUAUGAUACCACCAAAAGCAAGCCCCAAGGAGUGUGAAGUGUUCAUUCUUCUAAAUAUUAUAGCUUUGUCCUUUUCAUGUAUGUCUCCAGUAAAAUGGACAGGCAGGAAGGUUGCUAUGGACAAGAUUGUGUGAAGGACCUUAAUUUAGCUAUAUUCUAGUCAGUUCUUAAUGUUUCAGAAGUAUUUUGAAAGCUUUAUUCAUAUUCAUUCUUUUACUACUAAUGUUAUUUGGUUGACAGCCUAAAAAACCGUGUAUACCCUCAAGUUUUGAUUAACACUCUCUAUUGAAAAAAUAACAAAACUAUGUCCUUUUUGAUACAUUCACUUCCUGUCAUAGCUGUCAGUGUUCUUCUGUUUCUUCUAUAGAAAAAUUAAUAACAGUUGGAAUCAGUGUUGUUGAUUUUGAGUGUUACAAAAUUGUAAGUGUUUAAAGUAUUCUUCUGAACCAAUAUGCAGGAAAUUUGUUUACAUAUCUUUUAUAAACCAGGUGAAAAAUAUAAGUGUACCAGCUAUUUUGUCUGAAAUGUUGAACACAGAAAUAAGAAGUUUCAUCUAUAAUAACAUAGGAAUUACUGAAAGUAUUAUAGUAUUGAAUGUAGGGUUGGAUAUCAAAUUCCAUAAGAACAUCUUACUCAAAUUUAUACAAAGUAGGUACACAAAAUGUAACUUGUAGUGUAGUUACUAAAUGGUACUCAAAACUAAAAUUGCUGUUGAAUUAUGUUUCAUAUAUAUUCAAACUGUGCUAUUUUUACAGUAAAAAAAAGAUUAACACAACAUAUUGGUGUAAUUCACGCAAGUAAAAACAGCACUCAGAUCUUGACAUUUCUCCAUUUAAUAAAUCAGUUUAACAAAAAUGUAUUUUAAUAAUAAUCUUAAUUCGAUGAAAUAUUUAGCUAAUAAAAAUUAGAAAAAGAGAGGUAAAAACAGAAUCAUUUUAUGUGAUAUAAUUUUCCUGUCUAUUUAUUUUAGUAGCUCCAUAUUUAAAAUUUCUAUUGUUUUUGUUUGAAUAAUUGUGUAUUUAAAAGUUCUUCUCAUAUUGGAUUUUGUAAUCACAAAUAAUUUAUCCUUAGAGGUAUAGAUGCAAGGUUGGAAAGGAUAUCAUUCAGUCUGAGAAUUGUUUUCUGGUUACUUCAUUCAUUCUCCUGAAGUAUUUAGGUUUUACUGAUAUUUACUUUAGGUAGAAGAACACUGUUAUUCUGAAUUUUGUGUCUUGUGAAGUUGCUGUAAACAUAUUUUGAUAACCAUUGUUUUCUAGUUUAUAAAGUUCAGUAGAACUGUGAUAUAAACUAUGUUUAUUGUGGUAUUUCAUUUUUGUUAUUUAAAGCAACAAAAAACUAUCGUGUUAGCGUUAAUUAUUUGACUUUUUUUUCUUAAGAACUAAGCUAACCAGAAAAUAUGAAAAAUGUGUCAGUUUGGCAGAGUUACCUAAAAUGAUAGUUAUACCUAAGAAUUACUUACAGUAUUUUUUCCCAAAAGGCUUAAAAAUGCAAGCCCAACAAUUGAUCCAGUUAUUUCAGAAUUUUAUUAGUGCUUUUCAGUCUUGCAUAUUAAUUGCUAACCUGCAUUAUUAUCAGAAACUUGUGGCAUGAAACAAUAUACACAUUUUUUUUUCAUCCAUGCUCUCAUACCUUUAAAUCUCUUUCCAUUCAAACAUUAUGUAGUUUUUCACUGCUCUAUUAAUUUAUAUAAAACUGUUUUAAAAUGGAAUUUAGCUUUGAAAUGACUAGUGAUUUACAUAUUUGUUAUAUAUAGUAACCUCAAUAUGCAGCAGUGGCUUUCAUGUCUUGUUUGAAAUUAUAGAACUCGGCAGUUCAGUUUUUAUAUAUCAAUAUACAUGUACAUUAAUUUGUAAAUAUUAAUCCAGCUUGUACAGUGAGAAAUGGAGUUGAGUCUUUUUUUUUGGUUCCCUAGAUGAUAUAAGAUCUGUAGAAAUGAUGAUAAUUAUCAUAUUCUCCUUUAGGUUCAGUGAGAUUUUAUUUGAGAUUACAUCUUUAUUUGCAGCAGUUGAGUAGUUCUUACUGAAUUGAAAGCAUCUUAUAAUUAGGGCUCCAGUUAAUAAAGGUAUAUCUACCCAAUGGAUUUUGUACUUUGUAUUUCAUUGCACAAGAAAACUUAGUAUUAUAAUUUAUGACUUGGAAAUUACACUAUACAAUUUGAUUUAUUGUGCAUGAUCCUGUAUGUAACAUUAGUAGUUAAUGAAUGAAUUGAUAACUCUUAGCUAUUUUUGUUUAUUGAAAAAAAUAAUAAUUGCUUCAAUAUACAAAUCAGUUGAGACUUCAUAUUAAUACCUUAAAUGUUGGAAUUUUGUGUUUAGAUUUUUGUAUAUUUGUUCUUAGUUUAGUGAAUCAUAAUUGUGAACCAUUUUAUUUCAUUCACUUGUUUAGUGAUGUUUUAAUGGCAUAUCACAUUUUUUUAUCAUUUGUCAGUAGUUUUUUCAACUUUGCUGUUCACUCCAUAAGUGAGUUACAAGUUCACUGUCUUCAGACAUAACUUUGCAUGAAUUGGUUUUGACCUUAAGAAUAUAAAUCAUUAUGUAUAUGACCAUAUUUUACAACAGAACUAAAAAGGGAAAGACACUGUACUAGCAAAAUUAAUGAAUAUGCUUAAGGUAUAUUACAAGAGUAGUUUGAAAUCAUCUUUCAAUAAAUACUUUAUUUAUUGCUCUGGCUGUUCUUGCUGGCGAGUCAUGCUUUAAUUGUACAGAUAUCUGGUUUACAAAUUAAUCUAUAAUUGCACAAAUUUAAGUACAAAAAAGAAAUUAUUCCAAGUUCACACAGAAUUAAACUUCCAGAAAUUGAGGUUUAAAAAAUCUUUAUGAAACAUUAGCUUCGUCAGUAUGUGGAUAUUUGAUCAUACAUACAAAUUUCUGUCAGUAUGUUCACUUCCAAUACUUUUUUAUUUUGCAGAGCAUUCAAUAUAUUGGUAUUUUUUAAUCCUGGUUGUACAUUUCCCUUUAAAAAAAGUCUCUCUUAGACUGUUUGACAUUUGGCUCUUAUCAAAGUAUUAUAAGAAUUUUUGCAAAAGCAUUUUGAAUAUUAUACUUUGUACUGAAAAGGCAUAUGCUAAAGUAAAAAAUGUAUUUCAUUUUUAAGCAGGUGAUUCACAUGGUUUGGUAGAAAUUACUCUUUACUAUUUUUCUCAUUCAUAGUAAGGAGAUUUUGAAUUGAAAUUUAUUCUGAUACUAUUCAAGUUUAUGUCUCCAUUAGUCUUAUAAGUGUUUGCAUUACACAACAGCAAAAUAUGACUUUCUAGAAUGUUAAAUGUAUCUUUUGUUACUGGCAUAGAACUCUUUAUCAGUAUGAAUUUAGUACUUUUAAGUGAGUAGUUAUGCUUGUUUGUGAGUUUUUUAUGCUAAAUAACUUUUACAAAAAAGUUAUUUUACAAAUAACUUAUAUGGUUACUGCAUAUGUUUGGCACAUAAUAUAAAAAAAUAAUACAGCAACAUUCAAAUUGCAUCUUUUUUAAAUUGAACAAUGAAAAAACUGUCUUGAUUCACAAACCAAAAUGUAUUUUAAUGACAAUAAUUAAAAAAUACUUUGUUUUCCCAGGAUCUCCAAUUUAUAGUUUAAGUUAUUUAGAAUGCUAGAUCAUGUAGUUUAUUACUCAUUCAGUGAUAUUUUAUGACACAGAAAUAUCGUAGUAACACCAUAUCACUUUGAAGAAUUGUACUAAAAUUUACAAAAAGACAGUAAACUGUAAAGUAUGCAGCACGUCGUAAUUUGAACAAUAAUAUUAGUUAAUUAGGUGCUACAAAAAGGAACCUUUUUUAAAGCAAAUUUCAUGUUAAAUCAGGUUCACACAUUAUUUUCUCCCAAAAUAUUUCUACGCUACUUUGGAUUUUCCAUGAAUCAUUAUAAACUUCUUGUUUCUCUAUUUUGUUUUAGGUAACUUAUGUGUGCCACAGUAGUCUUAUCUUCUGCUAUGUUUUUUUGUUGUUGUUUUCAGGUGUUUAUUACAUCUUAUUCUUUGCUGAUCUUUCUAUUUCUUUGUCAUAUUCAAUAAUAAAAAAAUGCUAUGUAUAUAAAUAUACAAUUUUUUUUGCUUUGUAAAAAUAUUCUAACUCUUGUGUUUUAUGUAUGAUAACAAUAUAGUAUUAUAACUAAGAUUAACCUGCCUAAGUUCUGAAUAUUAGUAAAUUUGUCUGUUUUUUUCAUCAGUAGUGAUUAUCAUAACACCUAUGUAUUAUAAAAGGCCCGUUUUGGACUGUCAGUAUGCAUAAAAUAUAGUUUACCAAAUUACUUAGUAACAUAUCAAUUACACUCAAACAGCACAUACUAAUGAAAAUUUGUAGGAUUAAAAGUUGAAUAAGAAAAUCAAUGAAGGAUAUGUUUAGUGCUUGUGAAAUACUUUUAUUGAGAAAUCAAAAGAUCUGUAAAAUUUACAAAAAUGAUAGAGCAGCUUAUACAUGGAAUAAGAGACAACUGAUGCAAAAAAAUUAUAAAUAAACCUGGGUAAUCUUGAGACAGAAUUUCAAGUUAGGAUAAUGAUGUAAUGAUUUUGAUAACAAAUUUGAAAAAAUCAUUUUGUAAUAGCCAAAAGAAGACAGAAAAGAAAUAACAUAAAAUGGUGGAAUAUGGUAAGAAAUUGAGUUUUGUAAGUGUACUUUGUUGAAAAGUAGCUUGUAGAUCUAGAAUGCCUUUUAAUUGCAAUGUAACACAUGCUGUUGUGUAUUCCUCUUAGUACUCUGUUGAGGUGGGGCCUGUAGCUUGCUGCUUAAGGCCUCACCUUAUUACUGCCUUUAACCCUACUGUGUUAUAAUACCUUGUUCAUUGUGGGAACAAUAUAUGCGACAUGAUAAUUUUCCCAAACAUAUAUCUGGUAUUCAAUUGUAUAUCCAGAUGAGGCUGAAAUUUUAACAUCCUCAGUAAGGCAAAAUUUCUCAAGUAGAACAAGUUUGUUCUUAAACAGGAAUUAUAUUAUUGAAUUCUAAAUUACAACUAUAACAUAACUUAUCAGUAAUUUUUUAAACUUCCUUGGAAUUUGAAAAAUCGAAACACUUAAGAAAAUAAUAAAUAAUCUGUUAUUUUUACAUUACAAAUGUUUCUAAAUUGUUUAUGUAAUAAACUGUAAGAUAAUGAACUUGAAUCUAGCUUCUUUGUUUGUGUUUCUCAUAUGUACAGAGUUAUUGUAUGUAACAGCAUAAGUUUUGUGUUUGUAAGUACUUAAAAACACUUAAUUAAAUGAGACAGUUUUGGUGAAAUCUAAGUGUUGAGUAAAUUAAAAUAAAGUUUAAAGUCGUGUUUUUAUUGAAUGUUUUGAAAGUCUAACUGAACUUAACAGAGCUGUAUAACCAGAAUGUAAUAUCCACAUUUUAUGCUUGAAUAUAAUUACUUAGUGUAGGUAUCCAGUAAUAUUUGUGUUUGUGAUGUACUUUGUUAUAAUCUAUCCAUUGCUGUUGACAUUCUAAAUAAUAGUUAAUAUUCUUAUUAAAAUUUGAGCAUCUCAGGUCAUUCAUAACCUUGUAUUAAAAUAUCAAAGAAUGUUAUUGGAUGUGGAGAUCCACCACCAGGACCUGAAUGGUUGGUUAUCUUAAUUGUCUAUACAGUAAUGAUUGUUAGAUAACAAUAAAAUAUAUUAUAUUCACAUGUGAUUAUUACUUUGAUGGCAUUUAAAUCUGUUGUAAUACAUUACUAUACUUCUGUACAAUUACAUAUUCAAUUAUUACUGUAAUUCAAUGGAGAGAAUAAGGAACUUAUUCUUGUUUUACAAUGUACGCAACUGUGUUUGUACCUAUUGAGUCAUUCGGUACUGUGUAUAUUCUGUUGUACAGAGUAAUGCUGGUGGUAUACAUGCGUGUGUAAAGUACCUACAGUACUGAUUUUCUACAAAACAGUGCUUGCUACUGUUGAUGUACAUGUUAUUUUAGAUGCAAAUUUCAUAUUUAUUGUAAGUGUAAUAAAAUGUGUACUUUAAUUCUUACUGAUCAUAUCCCUAGUUGUAGAUGAUUGUGGUUGUAGUCAAUUUUGUUGGUUAGAAAAGCUACUGAUAUAAAGAUCUGACUUGGCAAAGUGAUGAGUAUUGUGGUACAGUCUACACACUAGCCAAAAAAUAAUUGUUUUCUGUUACUUAAAUUAUAUUUUGUUUAACAUAUUUUUACAGAUCCUCUUGCCCUGAGAAAGUUGCAUGCCUUACAUUUAAAUGUAUUUCUGUAAAAGAAAAAAGGAGGUUUUGACCAGUGUUAGUUCACUUUAUUACUUACCAACUACAUAAAAGGUAAAACAGAUUUGUGUAUUUAUAUUCACAACAGUAUUUCUGCUACUCCAAAUGUUCUAGCAUUAAAUUCAUUUCUCAGUUUGCUUUAAAGUAUUUAAAUUCCCAUAUAAGUUUAUACUGGCUAAAUUGAACACUUUUUUUUAUCAUUUUAUUCCUCGGUAAUACUUGAUAAUUUAACAAAUGAAACAGUAAGAGGUUUUAUUUUUAUUGUAUUUUUGAGUAAGUAACAAUGUGGUAUACUUUUGUUUUUCUGUUUUAAUGAAUGGCUUAUAUGUUAAAAUAAAUAAUAUUGCAUUUUCAUGUCUCUUGUUUAUGUUAUCUCAACUACUGUGGUUGCAAAUUAUUACGUUUAUCAUAUUAAUUUAUUGCCAAACAUGUGUCAUCAAUUUAAAAACAAACUACAAGUUUCUGAAGAAUGUUUUUAGGUGUGAACUUGCUACAUGGAAGUAUCUCUCAUAUUAUUAAGAGUUGCUCUCAAAUAAGAUGAAGUUCUAAGUCAUACUAUUAUUAAUAGUUUUGUGGCUGAACUUAUCUUACUUAGCUCUUGUUUUCAAUCAGCUUAAACCAGUUUAGUUCACUCACAAGACUGUUGACAGUAGUAUGACUUAGUACUUUAAUUAUAUCAGAUGUUGGUGUUCCAUUUAAAAUAAGUAUACAUUAACAUGAAAUUCAACAUUUUGUGUAAUAAACUUCUAUCAUAACAAUAUGCAUGAUUUGUUGCAUAAUACUCUAACUCAAUUUAUUUUUUGCCUUUUUGUACUUUUUUUAAGAACAGUUAGGCUUAACUUCUGAAUAUUUUUUUUUUUACACCUACAUAAAUUCCUACAUUUGUUCAACCAUUUGCGGAGACUUUCAUGUAUAAAUCACCAAAAUGGCUGUAACUAGUCACAGGAAGGCCUCACUAAUUAUUGAUCAUUAUAGUAUGCUCUAUCUAAUUGUUUUGUAAUAAUACAAAAGGUUUCAACAUUAAGAAUUUUAUGAGAAAAAAAUACCCUAGAAAGUUGUCUGAGAAAGUAAAGCACUAUACAAUUAGUUAUCUUAUCUCAACGUACUCUGAGAAGCAAUUGAUUUUCUUCAAAGUGACAUAGUAUUUAUUUGUAAAAGAAUUCUUCUCUAGUGACUUAGGAUGAACUAAAAGAGUAUGCCAUAAAAUUUACACCAGAAAUUCAGUACCUAUCUGUUAAUUGUGAAGACAAGCAUUUCUCAAGCUAUGGGCUGCAACGAAAAUUGAGUUAUUAGAAUGUGUGACAGGGUUACAAACAAAUUUUGAAAAGAGAUAAUAGUUUAUUUUGUAAGCCAAGCAUUUUUUGCAUUUAAGCUGUUUAUCGGUUUGCAACUGGCCAUUGAUGUUUACAAAUAGUUCUUCAGGCAAAAAAAAAAAAAGGUCGAGAACCACUGGACCAUACAUCUUCCUUUGACAAAUAGUACGAAAUCUUAAUGGAAAUAUAAGAUUUGAGGCAAAAGAUUGUAAUUGUUACAGGUUUAUUAUGAAAUCAGUCAUUUGACAAAAUAUUUAGAAAGUUCAGCUAUUUCAUGAUACAUGUAUAUAAAUACCAUUCUCUGCCAAAUUUUUACUGUAUUUUUGUCUACAUUCAUAUUGUUGUCAGUCUGGUAUCAUGUUCUACCACUUGAAACAUUAAUAGAAUGUUUUCUUGUGGGAUUACCUUGCCACAUUCAUAACACACAGACUUUCAGUGCUAGGACAAAAACAUUGAAAACUGUGUACUUCAUAGUCAUAUAUUACUUUUUGUGGGACAUAUAAUAAGCGUAGAGUGGUGUCACAGAUCCAAAAGAAGUUGGUUGAAAUUGCAGAAGAUUUUGGGUGAUUAUCCAUGAUAAGUUUCGUUCUGUGAAGUCAUUCUCUGACAUAGUAAGAUUGCAGUAAAAGCUGUUUUGUCUAUAUUAAAUUUUACAUCUUGGAAAAUGUAGAUGUUUAGAAAGGAAAUUCUUUGUGAUUUACAACAAACUUUUGGCAUUGUCUGAGCUGUGAGUUGUUUUCAGUACACAUUAUCCCUACUUGCAUGGGUGGGGCCAAAGUGUCUAUACAAGGUAUUACGUAUUUGAUGUCAGAGCUAUUAACUAUUAAUUUUAUCCAACAUUGCUGACAAAGAAAAUUGACAAAGAUUUUAUAUCAGUAUGGAUUACUUUGUGCUGUUCUGUAUCUUGUGUAAAAUCUUGGUAAUAAAAGAAACUUAGAUAAGAGCUCUCUUCCAGUCUUCACAUAGAAUAGUUUUUAGUAUAGCCACAAUUUUGUUUAAUUAGCUACAUUCAGAAAAACAUGAAACAAAAUCUAAAAUUCAUCUUCAUAAUCUACCGUACCAUAGAAUGUAAAGCUAUCAUAUACACUCUGGUAUAAAUACAUGAAAGCUAUAGAUUAUGCUAAAGUAUCUCCUGUUUGAUCAAAAGCUAAUUGGAUUUUUUUAAGAUGCCCAUGAGCCUGAGCAAACCUACACAGAAUGCAUCAUUAAUUUUGUAAAUAUGAUAUUAUCGAUUAGUUUUCCUACAAGAUGAUGUAAUCUUAUAAUUUAAGUUCUGAUAAGUCUAGAUCCCAAUGUAGUGAUCAGAUUUGGCUAUACAAACUAGAGAGAGAACAGGUAGGCUCAAGUAAAGUUAAAUUGAUACUGACUAGGCCCAUUAUGUACUAAUAGAGAAAAUCAAUGAAAUACAAAGCUGAAUGUUGUUCACUGUGACCAGCAUAAAGAUAUGAAUAAAUAAAUAAGGCUAUAGAAUAGUUCUUAGCCAUUACUGUGAAAUACUGUAGUGAUUUUCUUAUAAAGAAUGACUGUUCUAACUUGGGUCGAACUGACCUUAAAACAAUUUAGUGCUGUCUUUAUCUGCCUUGCCAAUUUUUUUUAUGUCUGAUUCCAGCACUGGCAUUUAACAAAAAUAUUCUCAACUAACAGAUUAUUCCAUGUUUUUCUCUCACUGUGGGCUAAACUAAUCACUGUAGCCUUUACUAAAUGUACACAUGGCUCAGUAUACAAGAAAUAUUGUUUCUUGCCUGAUUGUGCUCUUUUAUAAAAGGAAAAGAGAACCAAUUACCUGAUGCCCUAUCUAGACAUCCUGCUGAUCUCCCAGAAGAAACUACAGAUUGGACUAAAUCAGUUAUCUAUCACCUAAACUUUGCCAUUGUCAGCAUUAACACUUAGCUGUUAGAAAAGCUAAAGAUGAUGAGUACAAGUGUUUAUUUUAACUAGAAACCUGGACAGUUGUCAGAUGAUUCUAAUAUAGUUACCGAGACUAAAUAAAUCCAAACACUAAGGUUUGAAUGGAAAUGUUCUUUAUUAAACAAAAAAGGGUUGCUAGCAAUGGUGAAUAUAAAGCAAUUAUUCCGAAAUCAUUGAGACUGGUAUUAAUAGAAUUGCAUGAUCAUCCUACAGCUGGUCAUCUACUGUUAAAAAACAAGAAACUUCCAUCUGGGAAAAGAAAUCUUCAGUGGGAGUGACUGAUUAAAUAUCCAGUAACACCUCAAAGUGUGGAUGAGUAGAUAAUGGAAUUGCAACAUGAUAAACAGAAAUUAAGAUCCACUGUUAAAAAGGCUUAAAAGCGACAGUGGUAAGCAUACAACCAUAAGAGAUACUCAGAUACUUUUAAGGUAGGUGACUUAGUAUUAUUAAAGAUACAUCCAUUAUCUUCUACAGUAAAUAAUUUUACUGUAAAAUUUGCCCCUAGACAGAAUGGACCUUUUGAAGUUACUAAGUGUGUUACUUCAUUAGUGUAUCAAUUAAAAGGUCCUGUUCAACCUACUCAAAGGACAUUAUGGCCACAUUGCAGAGUUGAUUAUUGCAGUUUAAUUGGUCUUCAAACUGUUAAUAAAAUUCUGGUAAGGCAAACCAGAGCUGGAAGCUAGUGAAGAUCAAGCUGCAGAUUCCAGAACAUGAUUUGUAGUUUUUCCUUGUAAAUUAUCUGUAUUUAAACUACAAGGAAUUCCUGGUGUCAUCAUAAAAUAGAGCUAAAAGUAAUAAUAGCACUUGUACAAAGUAAUUAAUGUCAUCACUUUAUUUUUCUAAGGGGGGGGGAGGGAUUAGAAGAUAGCGAAUUAUACUUUUAUUUUGUUACGGUUUUAUUUACUGUUCCUUUAUUAUUCAUUCUGUUGUUUAGUUCAACUGUGAAUUUUUAGUUAUAUUAAAGCACUAACUCACUUUCUAUCUAGCACCUUGAUUUUGAGUAUAUAUAUGUAUGCAUCUAUUAUUAAAAUGACAUGAGCUUCUUUUCUGGUGAAGUAUAGAUAUUAAUGUUGUGAAAGCUUGUGGAUUUAUGGUAAUGGCUAGUCAUAUGAGAGGUAACCCUGUGGUGUAACCACUGAAAAUGCCUUUCUUAAUCCUAAAAAUGAGUCAGUUCACAAGAUAGUUAUUGUUAAUCAUUGCUCAAUAUUGAAAAUUGGUUUAAUUUUGAAACAUCAUAUUAUACUCCAGUGAAUUGCUUUUUUUUCUCCUUCUGGUUCUUUUUCCUGAUAUUUAUUGAAAUUAAAAACAUUGGGACUUAUGUUGUAUUAUUUAUUAACAUUUCUACCAAGUCCUGGUGUAUAAGUUCAAUAAGAGAAUUCUUGGAGAAACGAUGAAACACCACCUACGCAUAAGAUGUAUUCUCAUCUUAUGAGAAGCAGUUUCUUUCAGGACAAGGUAUGAAGUGGUAAGUUUGUAGCAGCUGCAGUAGGUGUACCUCAGCCAGUUCAUCCUACCAACAUUUAACCAACCAUUAACACAUCCUCAUAAUGCAGUACAAAACCACUGGUAUCCAGUAAAUGGGCAGGGCUAUACUAGCUCUCCCCCUAGUUUACAUACCUGUGUUAAUGAUGCCUCUACUCAAAUGUAGUUCUAGAUGAAAAGAGAAAAGCAUCUGCUUUAGCUGUGGAAUACUGGAUUACUAAUAAGAACUACCAAUGUCUUGCCAUGGAUCAAUGUUAUCGGUUUCAACUGAUGGCUCAAAAAUUCCUGGAGAGUCGAUAACAAGCAGUAAAUGUUGCUGUUUCAGUUCCAGAAAAUUAACAUAGCACAAGUGGAGUCUAGCUAUUGGCUUGGAAGAGCAUAGCAAUGAGAUUGUGUGGUCAGAUCAUCUCUAAGAGAGCUGCUUAGAGCUUGGUACAUACCUAUAAAACUACAAGGAUGGGAGAUUGUGUUUCUGGUUGAUUAAAGGGCUAUUAGUAUCUUCUGACAACAUUUUUUUUUUGCUUGCUUGUAAUUAUUAUAGUUUGAGAAACACUGUACUAAUGAAUGUAAUUGAGUAAUGGGGCUCUCAAUUAAGUGAUUAGCAAAUGCCAUUAAUUGCCCAGCUCAAAUAAUGAGAAGUAGAGCAUAACAUCCUAUCCUUCUGUGCAGUUGUGAAUGGUAUGUUUCACUUUCAAGCUAUGCAGAAGAAGUAGGUAAUAAAAAUGGAUAGAUGGUGUUCUAAUGCAUGUGAAAACAAAAAGAAAACAUUUUAAUAUUGAAUAAAAUAAAAAAAAAAGGAAAUGCACCUAAAGAAAGUGAAGGAAAGAUAAUAUGCUUCAUUAGAAUUGUUGUGGGCCUAUGUUAUUUUUUUCAAACUGAACAUUUAUACUGUCUUGUUAAUGUUACACGCAUGCAUUAUUAUCACAUGGAUGGGAUUUGACAGUACACCGGCAAGCUACACUAAAUUAUUAUUAUUUUAGUGUUUUUACGAUAUAAAUAAAAUAUUAUGUGAAAACAUACUACACUAAUACACUACAACAUGUGGCAUUACACCCUGAAAUUCAUGGUUUCAGACUUUUUUUUUACAAUGCAUUUUCCAAAACAGUAUUAGUGCAUUCAGAUAAUUGAAAAGUCUUGUUGUGACAGUACCAGUCU